AUGGCGGAGCUCCAGCGAUUAACCAAUUUAGUUAAUCCGGCCCGAGAUACUGUCAGCCCUACCUUGGAAAUUAGAAGAAAAAAAUCAACAUCUCCAUGCAUGCCGAGUUUCCCGUCUCUAAUGAAGUAUUUGAAGAUUCUUAGCCAGAAUGGUACAGUCUUUGCCUCCUGUAUUUGCGGCUUUCCUAAGGUAGGAUUGACCUCUACUGGGCUGACUAAGAAAAACCGACGCCCGACCUGGCAACUUUCGUCCUUCUCGUCUACUAUGGGUGAAAGCCAAAUAAUGCAUGUCAAGCCUAAGCGCGAAUUUGAAUAUAUUUCCGGUGUGGAAUGUUUGGAACACUAUCGGCCAGGGGGCUACCAUCCAGUCAAACUUGGAGAUUCACUAUGCAAAGGAAGAUACACGAUUCUUCACAAACUCGGCUAUGGAGCUACAUCGACAAUAUGGUUAGCUGCCGAUAGAGAUGCGGAGCAACUGGUAGCUCUCAAAAUAAAAACCGCAGAAUCAGCACAUAACUCUACAGAGAUUAAUCUCCUCUCUAAGCUUGCAGGUGAGACAUUUGUGCAACGGCUGCUGGAUGUCUUUAGCCUGGCAGGUCCGAAUGGUACUCAUCAGUGCCUGGUGCUGGAGGCAGCACAGUGCAGCAUCCAUAUUGCGAAAGAAUUAUCUGGCCAUCAGCUUCUAAACCUUUCCAUAGCUCGAUCAAUCAUCGCUGGAUUGAUAUUAGGAGUGCAGCGCUUACAUUCUAUUGGAAUUGUUCAUGGCGGGGAGCCCGUUCAAAUGCCUCCAGUAAGACUCGACGGUGGUCCUAUUUCUCCUGGAACGCCACCUCUGGUUAUUUGGGACGCGGCCAUGGAUCUUCCAUCAGACGCAAUCACGACAAAGCAUCUUCCGGUAAUGAUCGCUGAUUUUGGAGAAUCUCUCGAACCAGCUAUCACGAAGCGACUUCAUGCACAUACCCUCCCGGCCCUCUGUCCUCCAGAGUCAUUCUUUACAAAAGUAGAUUCAGACCUUGACAGUAUCUCUUUCGCCAGCGACAUCUGGACGUUGGCUUGCUCAAUAUGGGAAAUCCUAGGGGAUAGCCCUCCAUUUCUUCCAUGGGGCAAAGCACGAGAUGAAAUACUUCUUCAGCACGUCAAGAUAGUGGGUAAACUGCCAGAGGCUUGGUGGGCUAGCUGGGAAACUAAAGAUCAGUGCUUGGACGAAACAGAACAAGGGCUAUUUCUUGUGAAGGAGAAACGUCUUCUUAAAGACUGGGGAACCAGGGAGUCUCUCGAAAGACGGUACAACUGGUGCAUUUCAGAACCAAGAAAGACGAUGGGAUUGAAGGGAGAUGACCUUCAGGAUGACAGUGAAAAACACGCCUUUUUGGAUUUAAUGCAGAUGAUGCUUGUUCAUGAGCCGUCUAAACGGUCAACUAUCGAUGACGUUGUAAAUUCGGACUGGGUGCAGAAAUGGGUAUUGCCUGAUUGA